AUGAUUCUUGAUCAGAAGCUUGAAUUAAUGGAUGACGACCAGAAUCCAACAGAAUCAUUAAAUCUAGAAGAACUCAAAGAAGCCCUGCUUACUCAUAUUUGUACAGAAAACAAAGCAUUUUUUAAAAGUCAACAGAGAGACGAAGCAGAAUUAAAUUAUAAUGAUAGAAAGGAAAUUGCCUCUUCAAUUUUAGAGACAUCCCAUUCAAAGUUUCUCCAAAGAUUCGGCAUGAACUUAAAGAAAGAGCAUUUAAAGUUCUUCGAAUCACAAUCUUAUAUGAAUGAAAACGAGAAAUGUAAAGUCACCGAAAGUGUGAAACAUAUUUGUUGGAAUCUCGAGCAUCACACAACAAUUAUCAGAAAUCGAAGAUAUGCAGCGUUGUUGAAACUCAUAAGAGAUAAAAAGUAUUUCAGUGAAAAUGAAAUGAGAAGUCGAGAUCCACUUUUAUAUGAACAAUUGAUUGGGCAAUAUCAAUCGCCGGCUGAGAAACGAGCUAAUCGAAGACCAGAUGCUAAAACUGAUACACUUGUUGAUGAAUUGAUUACGAUUUAA